CCAAGGGAUUUCAAGUAUUCUCGGUGUGUGUGUGCGUGUGUGUCCUUAUCUGCCUAUCAAAGAGCGCGCAUCCCGAUCCGAACCCUUUUGGCUCCUGCCAUUGGGCUAAGGGUGUCGGGCGCAACUUCAGCUUGCAGUCAGUGUCGCCGCACGUGUGUAGCUGCAAAUAGACAUCGUACGUGCGGUCAUUGAUGAAAAGGCCAGUGGCUACCCUACCACAGCAAGCUGGUGGAGUCGAAACAAUCAUUGCCAAUGCAGUCCGCGCAGAGGCACACGCAACCGAUUUCUGGAAGUCAGUGCUAUCGUUUCCAGGUUUGGCUACUGACCUGGAGUCUUGGUUGAUAGAGCAGGCGCGCACACGCACCGGACUGUCGGAGCACAUCAAGCAGCGUGCGCGCGAAUGUGCCCAUGAAGCUCCCGUCGCCAAACGGCCUCGAUUGCGAAAGCCGCGUGAGCAAUGCCAGUCGAUUGGCGAGUGCGCGCAUGGCCUGCAGUGGCUUGCGCCGGCGUGGCAGGCUAUUGCUGUUUUCUUGCCCCUGCAGCAGCGGAUCGGAUUGAGGACUUGGUGUCGCUCGGCUAAGUCUUUGAAGUUCAGCAGCGAAGCAUGGAACCCAAUGUUCCUGGACCGAUCAAUGUGUGCACUGUUCUUGAGGCGCACACAGAAUCAACCCCAUCGCAGUGUUCGCAGUUACUUCCCACCUGGGUUUUUCAACGUUCGCGUUUUGAGCGUGGACUUGAUGGAGCCAGAUGACUUCAGUUCAGAGUCAGGAAGUUCAGAGUCGGAGGAUGGAAAUGCCGAGGCCGAUCGCAUUCAUUCUCCGAUGAUCAAUGCCAUAGAAGUUGUGUUAGAUCUGUUCAAGUCUUUGCAGCAACCUACGAUCACAAACAUAAAGCUCUUCGAUAUGGAGUGCGACCUGUUCGUGGAACCUCGCAUUCACACGCGAUUCCGACGGCAAGAAGUGACCCUCGCCAGUGGAGCGGGUGAGCCCACAGGACGAUUUUGGGCUUCCAACAUUGCGGAUCCAGUGGUCGUGGACGUUGGCGUCGCUGUGCGCGCGAACGCGGAGCGGUCGCCGUUGGGUUCCCCAGCGGCCUCCCAGCUGACACGAGCGGAGGCUCUUCUCCUCGCGGAGUUCCCUUUCUUGUAUAAGCACUCGCGUGGGGAUUGGUUCCAGAAGCGCAUACAAGAUGAGGACGAGAUGGAGCGUGAUGAGCGUUUUGUCUCUGGGUCCAACGCCCGCAAGAUGUACAAGAAGAGGAUGCAGUGGAUUGAUCAAGGUUGCCGGGCACCCCAGGAGAGCGACAUUGAUGACGAGGGUCUGACAGCAGGGGGAUCGACAUCCGAUACAGGCAUGUACCAGCCAUAAGUUGACUUUCAUCGCUGGGCGUGCUAGGUUGCUGGCUCACUCCUCAAAGACAGAGCAAGCGGAUUUUUGCUUCUUGUGUGGUGCGGGAUGGGAUGUACAUUUUUUUGUAUUCGUGUUGCGUCUACGGUUAAAACGUGAACCGUUUUGGCGUGGUGCCCCUUUGUUUUGAUUGCGCCAACAUCGCAGAGCGGAUGCCAUUCGGAAGACGAUCGGAUGGGCCUGGAGUGUGCUGGAGAAUAUCGCUCCGGAUUUCAAGGUGAAUUUCGUGGCGAUUCUUUUGGCCAGGAAUGAAGACUAAACAAACUUCACGCGAAAGUCACGUUUUUCCCAAACGCCGUUUCGGGGUAUUGCAACGGCAGUAAUCCACGCAACAAAUCCGCUGCAGCACGUCGGCAAGGUCGGUGCAGCGAGUGGCUGUUUGAAGCGCCAUGGCAGGGUCAAACCGCUGAGGAGCAACCCUGCCCACUCCGCUGGAAGGUGCGGAAAGUUCGGCCCACGCCGCUCCCCGCUGCCCACCCAGGAGGAGAAGAGGGUGUUCACAGUGCUUGCAGGUUCGCAAGCACGUGAUUGAGAGCGAACGUGGAUUACAACUCAGAUGGGUCCUUUUCGUCGGCACUGUAGGGCUCUGGUCACCCUGAACGUAGCCUCGACCCUUUCGAGCGUUGUGCUAAACAGCUGCAACGGAGUUUGUACGACAUAGCUUUCGGGCAAGAGGCGGGAGUGUUUGGAAGUGUUUGCAUGUCAUGCUCAAGUGGGUGCUCAGUUGUUUUGCAUUGUUCAGGGGCGUGGGGGCA